AGUGCUGCCAAUCAGUGCCACAUAUCAAUGUCAGUCAGUGCUGCCUAUCAGUGCCAGUCUGGGCCACCUAACAGUGUGCAUCAGUGCCGCCUAUCAGUGCCUGUCAGUGCUGCCUAUCAGUGCCGCCUAACAGUGCCAGUCAGUGCCGCCUAUCAGUGCCAGUCAGUGCUGCCUAUCAGUGCCACCUAUCAGUUCCGCUUAUCAGUGCCACCUAUCAGUGCCCAUCAGUGUCACCUAUCAGUGUCCAUCAGUGCAGCCUCAUUAGCGAACAUCAGUGAAGGAGAAAAAUCACUUAUUUACAAAAUUAUAUAA